AGCCGGCUUAGCUGUCACACCUCCAUUGUAAACAGAAGAGAUGACAACAGUGGGGAGCAACAAUAACAUUAAUAGCGCUAUUUUGGGAGUCAUUGAUGUCUAAAGGACUUGUCCACUUUUGGGCAAAAACUUUUUGCAACGAAUGUCAUAGGAUUCGUCUGUCAUACAAUCAUCUGUAGGCAAAAACGUCUUUAUUUUGAAAUCCUCCUGUUUCCUGCACUAAAUGCUGCAACCACUAGGAUGACUAGAGCUAUAAAAGGAGAAAAGGGAAGAGGUCCCAAUUGUAUUGGAAGCAGAGACAUCAGACCACCAUGGGGCUCACACAACUCUUAUCCAUUUCCAUUCUCCUCUUGUUCAGCUUUCAGACUGUUGAUUCCCUGAGAUGCUAUACAUGCAGGGAUCCUCCGGAAUGUACAAGUACAACUAUCAGGACAUGUCCUCCAGGAGAUUCCUGCUUCAUAGCUAUUGUGGAGAUCGGUUAUUUCGAUAAGCUUUACCAAAAGUGUACUCGUCCAUCAGAUUGUGGUCGGGGUCAUUUGCCUAUUGGGGCUUCUUCAGCUACUCAAUAUUGCUGUAAUGAAGAUUUAUGCAAUUCUGCUGUAACCAACAAGAUGUCCCUCUUUACUGGUGGCUUCUUGGUCCUGGUGUCAUUAUAUGUUUCCAGGUUUUGA